CUCGUUCAUGUUCCAAACUGUGUUUUGCAAUCUGCUGUGAAGAUAUUUCCUUUCAAGUCCCUCCGGCAUCUGGAAUUGAGGUCUGUCCCUCCACACUGCCUCCGGGGACUGCGAUUUGUGUAUUCUCAGCUGGAAUCUCUAACCUGUUGUAAAUGUAUCAGUACACUGGGGGAAAUCAUUUCAGCAUGUGGUGGAGAUCUGAGCUGUGCUCUCCCGUGGUUGGAACUGCAGACUGUGAACUUCAGCUAUAACUGGAUCACUGCCUUGGAUGACUCACUGCAAUUACUGAAUGCUCUGAGAGUCUUGGAUUUGAGUCACAACAAGAUCCAGGAUUGUGAGCACUAUUUAACGACCCUUACAGAAAUAGAGUAUCUCAAUCUGGCUUAUAACUUCCUGUCCAAGGUGCCAAACCUCAGCCUCUUCAGCCGAUCCAAGCUGGUGACUCUGAUCCUGCGCAACAAUGAGCUCGACAGCAUCAAUGGAGUUGAACAGCUCGUGAAUCUGCAGCACCUGGACGUGGCCUAUAACUUGCUGCUGGAACACUCCCAGUUGGCACCCUUGUCUGCUUUGCACUGUCUAAAAAAACUGCAUUUAGAGGGAAACCCAUUAUGGUUCCAUCAAAACCACCGAUCUGCAACCCUUGUACACGUGUCUCCCAGGGCAGCCUCCUCCAGUUUCCUCUUGGAUGGGGAGCCACUCUCUUCCUCGGACCUGCUGCACCUUCCGAGGCUUGCGCAAAGUGUGUCGCAGUCCAUCCACACCUCUACCUCGGAGAGGACCAUGCUGGAGCGCAGCGCUCUGGACAGUUCCUGUGCCGCAGACUUCAGCGACAGUCAGUCCCCAGCAGAGAACGUGGCUGUCCGGCUCCCUCGGAAGAAGAGCAAGGGAAAAGUUAAAGUGCGCAGAGCGAGCAUUUCAGAGCCCAGUGACACAGAACACGAGUCCCAGGCUUUACCUCUCUCUGCUGGCCUGGUCCUACAGCAUCAGAAGGAGAUGGAGCGCUUGGACAGCUUCAGAGAUCGCUUUGGUGUUGACUGGCUGCAGUACAAGAGGCACCUGGAGGAGCCCGACCAAGUGCCUGUCAUCUGCCGUAGCCGUUCGGCAGAUGAGAUCGCAGGCAGACCUGCUGCCAUGGACUUGCAGAGUGAGACCUCUGACCCGGAGCAAGAAAAACCCCAAGUAUCACAGGAAGAAUCCUCCCCUCCUUUGGAUGAUACUGAGAAGGAGGAAGAGCCUGAAGUACAGCUGGAUGAGCCUGUGGAAGAAGAACAGAGAGGAGAAGAGGAGACAGAUGAGCUAAUGCUGGGGGAGGAGGAAGAGGAGAAGCCAGAAGUGGACCUUUGCCAGCCAGUGCUGGUGAGCCAGAUAGAAGGUGAAGGGGACCCGGAGCCAGACUGGAUCUUCCUGCGAGUCACAGCUCAGCAUGUGUUUGAGGUGGAACUGAAGGCUGCCCGAGUCCUCCACAAGCUGGAGCUGAAAUGCCUGCAGAAGGUGGAGACCUCUGAGAUGAACUGGAAGAGGAUGGACCUGGAGCAAGUUUUCCCUGUCCUGACAUUGCACUUCAGCUACAUUCGCAAGGACCGGCAGAAGCGCAAAUACGUGGUGCUCGACGACUGCCCGGAGCAGUGUCUACAGUGUGUCCUUGAAGUGUUGUCCCCAGCUGUGGAGGAGAAUCGGCGAAAUCAGGACCAGGAAAAGGGAUCUAUGAAGCUCCAGUGCCUGAAGUGCAAGCAGGAGUUUUCGUGGUCUCUGGCUCCCUGGCAUCAAGGUCCCUAUCCUACAGAGGUUGGAGAUGCCAAAAUUCUGGAGACCCUGCUUGCCUCAAAUCCAGGUACUGCAGCAGCUGAUGAGCCCAUAGCCUGUCCAAGUUGUUCCAGUGACCAUGUGGUCAUCCUGCCUUCAGAGGUGUGCUCCAGCACGCCUCUGCAUCCUGGCCCUGACAGCACGAGUGAGGAGCUGCCAGACUCUGUCCUGGAGGCGGGCAGCCUGCAGGAGGGCCCGGCAGAACCACCCACCCCGGCCAGCGAGAGCGGGAGGUUCUACAUUGGUGGGGACGACAGCUUGGAGACGGAUACCAGCAGCAGCACCAGGACCCCGGAGCUGAGUGGCGAGCACGAUGGCGCUCUCCGUUCCAGCUCCCGCAGUUCUGAUGGGGGCGGUGGGAAGAAGGAGCUGGGCGUGAAGAGCCAGUACUUGUCCCUCAGCCACACAGACACCAACGGGGGCAGCUUGAUGGGCAGCUACCGUUACAGCGUUUCUCGUGGGCCCACUCCUUCCCAGCUCUCUUUGAACUCCGAGUCCGAGGAAACGUGGAAUCUCAGUCCCUCUGUAAACAGCACCCUGAACACGAGGGACUUCCGCUCUGUGGAUCAUCGCCUGAAGCUGUACCUGGAUAUGGAAGUUUUUGAGGAGAAUGCUGAGGAGUUCCAGUGCUUCCUCAAGGUGGUCGUGGUGAAGUUUGGCCGUCAAGGAGAGUUCCUCUCCAUCCUGGUCGCCUCUGAUCUCAAAAUUUAUGUUCUGGAAGUCACCGGGGCUAUCAGGGGACAACCUGCCGACUGGCUGAAGAAGAAUGACUCUCACUACCUGUCUGAUAUUUCCCAUCUGGAAGUGGGGCUCUGCCACCAGAGCUUGCGGAUGGAGUUUGACAACCCAAAAGCCUCCUACAAUCUGCUGAUCCGGAACCAAAGCUGCUGUGACCAGUUCCUGCAGACGCUGACGUAUCUCAUGCAGGAGCUGCCUACUAAGCUCAGGAGUAAGGUGAAGGAGAUCCCCGUCGUGGAAAUGAAUCCACAACAUCGGCUCUGGCCGCUGCUGAACUCCAAGACCACAGAUUCUGCAGCUGACACUUGUUUCUUCUACCUGCUGGCCUACCUGAUCCAAGAGUAUGGUGCCCAAAACUGGAUGCGGUUCCAGCUGGGGCCCCGCUGCCAAGCAGAACUAAUUAAACAUCCCGUUUCUGAUAUUCCUGCUAACUCCCAGGAAGAGCUGGGGGCAUCUGCUUUCCCUGUGACCCUGCUGAGCACCCGGAGCAUGCUGUUUCUGCUGGAGGAGAAUCACCAGUGGCAGGUGCAGCCCUCCUUGGAUGCAGACCGCACGGCAGAAACGCCUCCGAGGAGCGACGUCCAGUUGAAGGAGAAGCAGCCCAUCAGCAGCAUUAGCAAUGUCAUCACCUAUCGCCUCUGCCCGCGUGACAUCAAGCUGAUGCUUUACGAUGAGGUGCUGAAGGUGGAGAGCACUUGGCACAUCCGCACAGAGUGCCCUGAGCUCCUGGCAGAGCUGGUGGAGUGGAUCCGCGGGCCCUGGGAGGAGAUGUUCUCCAUCGAGCUACGGAAGGCUGUGUACGAGGGACUGGAGUGA